AUGGCGCCUCGUCUGGUUUACCGUCGUCACAAUCACUAUGCCACCGGCUCCAACCGAGUGCGCCGCGUGCGCACGCCUGGAGCAAAGGUUGUUUUCCACAAUGUGGGCAAGCAGCCUUCGCGGCCAAAAUGUGGCAACUGCCAUCGCGCUUUGCCUGGGAUCCCAGCUGUUGCGCCACACAGACUGAGGCUCUUGAAGAAGAGAGAGAGAACAGUCCACCGCGCUUAUGGUGGCAGCCGAUGCCACGCCUGCGUACGUGAGAGGAUUGUGCGUGCGUUCCUUGUGGAGGAGCAAAAGUGCGUCAAGCAGGUGUUGCAAGUGAAGGAGAAGCAAAAGAAGGACGAACUGAAGGCGGAGUCGAAGAAGUCGAAGCAGAAGAAGAGCAGCAAGACCGCGAAGGCAUAA